AGACUGGUUCUCCUAGACCUUUCAUGCCGCCGACACAUCGAGUCACACGCUGUCUUUAUCCGUGCUCGGUGUGCUCAUGUCAUGUCUCCGCGCAGCCACCCUAGCUGUCAUUCCUCCUGACACCACGGCUUGCAAGGUGGCUGAUGCUUGCAUCUCCUCCGUUUAGGGUUGGUGGCGUUGUUGCUGCUUUUACGGCUGCUCCCUGCUUUUCUUCAUACCUAAUUACCUCGCGACCCGAGCUAGUAUGACGAGCUUGCUAAGCACCGGGAUGUGCGUGCCGCCGCGUGUGCAUAGUAGACAAGCCUCGGAUUUAUUUUCCGAUCUUCACAAGCGGUUAGCCUGCGCGAGAGCGACUCGUCCCUUCCCCCGAUGCGCCUCGACCCGCGGAGUGGAGGCGACACUACGCGGGGUUCUUAGAAUUCACUGCAGCGCGGAUAGAAGCAGCGACGCCGCCACCCCUGAUGCUUCCCCGGAGCCUGUUUCCGCGUCAUGCGGUUCGUUUUCCGCGAAUUCCGCAGAUAUUCCGGCUUCUCGGGUGAUUCUUGUACAAUCCAGCUCCGUAGGAAACGCCAGCGCUUCCGACGGCGAAUCUUCCGGCGUAACUUCCGGGGGAACACCGAGCUCCGAGGCCAACAGCUUACGUCAGCAGCAGCAGCAGCAGGAUCCGAAACAGCCGAAGCCGCAGCAGCAGCUGUCCCAAAUUCAGGGAGAAAACCGAAGCUCUAGCGGGUCGAAGAAGGACACGACAGCGUCGGAGGGAAGAAAAGGGACGGGGAAAGACGGUCGGCGCGGGUCGCAGCAGUCGCAGCCGUCGCAGCAGCCGUCGCGGCGAGGCGACGGCAGGCGAGGAAGCGACGAUAGCUCUCCGUGGUGGUGGAAGCUCUUCCUCGGGAUCCUCCCAGAUCUGAAGUUUGUGACUUUUCUGGUGAUGAACAUGGUGGUUCUCAUGCUCUCCGCUCGGAUUCUUAGCUCGCAUCCGCUUGUCGUCAAACGCGCCGCUCGUCGCUUCGGGUUACUGCCGAAGACCGUCGUUGUAACCCUGGAAAAGUGGGGGUCACCGGCGAAUACCCUGGUAUCUGACGAGGCGGCAUCUGGUGCUGGCGCUGGUGCUGCUGCUGCUGCUGCUGGGGUGAAAGAUUCGAAGGACCGGAAGCAGCGGGAGUUGCUGCUGAAGCAGCAGCAGGAGCAGCAGGAAACGACGAAGAUUUCCUUCUCCAUCACUGUGCCGUUUUCGGAGUUCCUGUACCACGUGAAGAAGGACAAUAUCGUGUCGAUUACUGUAGACGGCGACAAGGUGUCAUUCGUCCUGCGACGUCCGGAGUUCGGGCGAAAUCAGAAGGCGACUGAGUUACAACCCAUGAUUCGCCAGGUGGAAAGAAUGGCCGAGAGCAAGUGGAAGGAGGCGGGGGAAGCUGCCGGGAAGAAGGUGGGGAAGAUGCCUCCUGUCCAGGUGCAGCUGUCUACAGUGAAGCCUGCUGACGUGGCGGUCCCUUACGCCGAGCUGAUGUCACGAAACGUGGAGUUCGGAGCUCCGGAUAAGGCGUCGUUCAAACUCGUGAAUACCAUCUCGUCCACUCUUCUAUACGCGGGCAUAGCGGCAGUGGUGCUCUCGCGCCUGCAGAUGAAGCUCCCCCAGAAGUUUGGGGGCAAGGGACGCAGUCAGAAGGGCAAGGCGCCGCCCGUGCUGUUUGCUGACGUGGCAGGGGUGGAUGAGGCGAAGGAGGAAUUGGAGGAAAUAGUGGAGUACCUUCGCACGCCCGAGCGCUUCACUCGGCUAGGAGCCCGCCCCCCGCGGGGAGUGCUUCUGGUUGGGCCGCCAGGUACGGGAAAGACAAUGCUGGCCAAGGCGGUGGCAGGGGAGGCGGACGUACCCUUUAUAAGCUGCAGCGGUAGCGAGUUUGUGGAGCUCUAUGUGGGCCUGGGGGCGUCGCGAGUGAGGGAGCUGUUUGCCCAGGCGAAGAAGGACUCGCCAUCCAUUGUGUUCAUAGACGAGAUCGACGCAGUGGCCAAGGUGCGAGACGGCCGCAUGCGCAGUGUGGGCAAUGACGAAAGGGAGCAAACACUCAACCAACUCUUGACGGAGAUGGACGGGUUUGACAGCAGCACGGCAGUGAUCGUCCUGGCCGCCACCAACAGAGCGGACGUCAUUGACCCGGCCCUCCGCCGACCGGGCCGCUUUGACAGAAUCGUUGCGGUGGAGCCCCCUGACCGCAAGGGGCGGGAGGCCAUACUGACAGUGCACAUAGAGCAGAAGGAGCUGCCGCUGAGUAACAAUGUGAACAUCCAAGAGAUUGCCGUUGCUACCACUGGAUUCACCGGUGCCGAUCUGGCCAAUCUGGUGAAUGAGGCGGCACUCUUGGCAGCACGGAGGGAUCAAGACGAGGUCACCAGGCAGGAUUUUGACAACGCUGUCGAACGGGCUCUUGCGGGAAUUGAGAAAAAACGGUCAGCUCUUGGUCGGGCAGAAAAAGCCGUGGUGGCGCGGCACGAAGCAGGCCAUGCGCUGCUGGGGGCAGCCAUUGCAAAAGUUUUACCUGACCAGCGGGUAGUCCAGAAAAUCUCCAUCGUCCCCAGAUCGGGCGGCGCCUUGGGAUUCGCAUACAUGCCGCCCCCAGCGGAUGGCGAGGAGCGUCUUCUAGUCUUUGUGGACGAGCUGCGCGGCCAGCUCGCCGUCCUUCUCGGCGGCCGGGCGGCAGAAGAUGUCUGCUUCGGCGGGAGAAUCUCUACAGGAGCGGUGGACGACAUCCGCCGCGCUACAGACGUAGCCUACAAGGCUGUCGCAGAAUACGGUCUGAGUGGGACCGUGGGGCCUAUGUCAGUAGGCACCCUAGCAGGAGGGGGGCUGGACGGAGGGGGAGGGUUUUCCUGGGGAGGCAAGGACCAGGGGAGGCUGUCGGACCAGGUGCAGGAUGAGGUGCAGCAGCUGCUGCAGGCGGCUCUGGAGGUGGCUCGAGCAGUACUGGUGUGCAACAGAGGGCUGCUGGAAGACCUGGGAAGGACGCUGCAAGAGAACGAGACAGUGGAGGGCGAUACUCUGAGCACCUGGCUCGCACAAGUGCAGGUGCCACCCCUGCUAAAGACCUUUGUGUUUGGACGGGCAGUGGGGCUGCCCCUACUCCCAGCCGAAAGCAGUGAAGAGGAUUGAUGAAGCAUUAUUUUGCAGGUGCUGUCAGUAGGGCUGCGUUUGCUUUCGCUGCCCUUGUUUUAUGGGGUUCUUCAAGGUGUGCUUGAAAUCACGGCACAGCACAGACGUGUGUGUAUAGUGUGCGGUUUAUUGUUUUAGCCAUUGUUAUUGUAUUCGCGGAUGGCGUGUAUAUAUCCGAUUGUGGAAUGCCAUAGUUGUUAAAACUUCAUCAUUGUUAUUCCUAUAAAGAGGAGUCAUACCA